UCAUGAGCUAUUCAUAGCAACUAACAAUGGCAGACGAAAAUCCUCCUCACGUUCCCGGUGUCCCUGCUCUGGCUCCCGGUGUCCCUCCUCUUGCUCCCGGUGUCCCUCCUCAGUUUGGUCCCUUUCUCACCGCCGACCUUCCUAACUUCGACUGGCAAGGUGAUCAGAUCCGUCUGACUUAUGAGGACGUCGUCAGCAAAUCGUACGUCUUUCCCAUAAAGUUCGCAGUAACCAGUGGAGGAGUGUCUUACUCGCAUCGCGAGUCUCCCGCUGUAUCUCGCGUUCUCACCGCUGCUCAGUCGUAUGUCGAAUUCCCUCACGGUGGGUUGCUGCUCAUUAAUCCUGGUCGUCUGUUUGCCCAUAAGGUUUUGAAAGUUAAUCGUGUAGCCAUUAUGGAGAUUCCUAGUGGCGGAUAUGUUAAGUUCUUCGGCUAUGAGACGGAUGAAGACCAAAUCGAAGACGAAAACGAAAACGAAAACGAAAACGAAGACGAAGUCGAAGACGCAGUCGCACCUCAGUUUGGUCCUUUUCCCACCAACGACCUUGCUGCGUUUGACUUCAAUGGUGAUCAGAUCCGUUGUGUGUCUGGCGACGAGUCGUACGUGUUUCCCAUAAAGUUCGCAGUAACCAGUGGAGCAUUUUCUUACACGGUUCCCGAUCUUCCCGGUAACCAACAUUUUACCACUGAUGAGCAGCGUCUCAGCUUCCCUUACGGUGGGAUAGUGCGCAUUCGUAAUGGUAAUUUGUUUGCACAUGAGCCUAUGGAAUUUGAAGAUGAAAAUGAUGGCUUUAUUUCCGUUCCUGCUGGCGGAUACGCUCAGUGCUUCAACAAUGUGGUUUCCGGUGAUGGUGGUGGUGGAGGUGGUGGUGGUGAUGAAGUUGAAGUGGAAAUCGAUGAUGAUGCUGCAGCCCCAGCCGCAGUCGCAGUCGCAAACGAAGUCGAGUACGAAGUCGAGCACGAAGUCCAGUAAAGCUUUUAAUUAUCUCUAUUAUUAUGUAAAGGAGUUAUCGUUUAUGGUUAAAUGUUUUUCUUUAAUAAUUUGAAUGUUUGUGUUGGAAACUUUAUGAUAAGUAAGAUAGAUAUUAUGGUUAUGAAUUCA